UCUGCCGCCGCGUGAGCUCGCUACAGACGCUUAAUAGUCUUAUUUUUAUUAUAUACAUCUCGUAUUUAUCUUUUUAUUAUUUUGUUCCGAGACUCCAUUAUAUUCUUAACAUUUAGGGAAAAUGGCUGACACAAAAGUCGAUACUAGCUCGGAAGUCUCCGCCAAGGACCUUAAAGAAAAGAAACAGGUUGAGGAGGCAGAAAACGGAAAAGAUGCCCCUGCUAAUGGAAAUACAGAAAACGAGGAGAAUGGUGAUGCAGAAAAUGAAGUAGAUGAGGAAGAUGAUGAUGUGGCUGAAGAAGACGAGGAAGAUGAUGGAGAAGGUGAUAAUGAUGAUGAAGAUGAUGAGGCUGAGGGUGGCACAGGAAAACGAGCAGCUGAGGAUGAUGAUGAUGAUGAUGAUGAGGUAAUUUCCACUAUAUCAGUGGAAUCCUUCGAUAAGUGUAAAAAUCUGACCUUAUAAACUACAGUGUUUUAACUCUGCUUGGCCACAUUUUUUUAGGAUGUUGUUGAAACCAAGAAGCAAAAGACUGAUGUGUAAGAAGCUACUUUGUUGGAAAUCUUCUCAUCCCUCCUUGUCCACUGGAGGAGCAAAAACAUGGUCAUCAUCAAGUAGAGUCCACCAUCCAUGUACACAAACACCUAACUGCAGAUUUUGUAGAAACAACCAAGACUUCAAAGCUCUACCUUCUUACAAAAUACUUUAAAAGGAAAAAUUUGUUUGUAUUUUUAUUUACAUUUUAUAUUUUUGUACAUAUUUUUAGGAGGUCAGCCAUUUUUGACCGUGAUCUCUGGUUACCAAACGGUGCUUUGAAGUUGAUGCUUCUCGAUGAAAUGGAUUUUACUUGUGGUUGGACCAUGUCAUGUUAUCUCAACGGAAACUUGUAAAAAUUAAGCAAAAAAGGAAAUUAAAAAUUGCAGAAAACGUACAAAAAAUAAACAAAAAACAUUAAUUAAAAGCAUUCCAGUAACUUUGUGUAUGUACAUCAGUUGUAUCAUACGUAGUUGGAUUGUAUGAGAGGGCAAGGCCAAAAGAAAAUUUUUUUUUUUUCUUUUCUUUCUUGUCUAUUAAAUUGCUUGAUGUAUGUGUGAAAUUUGUUGUGCGACAAUAAACCGAAAAUUUAUUUUUUGAGUUCUUAAUUUUUUUUUAUUUUUUUUUUUUUAUUCUUUUAUGAUUUUUAAUGAGUUUUUUAAUGUAGGAGCUGUAUAGGCAAGAAUAAUUGAACCAGCAUUAUCUUCAGAUGCAGUUCAUGUUUUUUCAUCAGCCUGUCAAAAGUAAAUGUACAUCAAUGUAAAUUAUUCAGGCCUUUGAGACUCCAAGAUCUGGUAUAAAUUAUAUUGUGUUAAAUAAAA